GCCGCUUCCCGCCGCCUCCCGCCGCCUCCCGCCGCUCCGCUCCCGCCAUGGCGCGGUUCGAGCCGGCGGCGCUGCCCGAGCUGCUCCCGGUCUUCUACCGGCGGCUCUUCCCGCACGGCCCCUACGGCCGCUGGCUCAGCUACGGCGGCGUGGUGAAGAACUACUUCCAGCUGCGGGAAUUCUCCUUCACGCUGCGGGAUGAUGUGUACCUGCGGUUCCAGUCCUUCAGCAGCCCCCAGGAGCUGGAGCGGGAGCUGCAGAAGAUCAACCCCUACAAGAUCGACAUCGGGGCCGUCUAUUCCCACCGGCCCAACCAGCACAACACGGUGCACCUGGGAGCCUUCCAGCCGCAGGAGAAGGAGCUGGUCUUUGACAUCGACAUGACGGAUUACGAUGACGUCCGGACGUGCUGCAGCUCGGCCGAUAUCUGCUCCAAGUGCUGGACGCUGAUGACCAUCGCCGUCCGCAUCAUUGACCGCGCGCUCGUGGAGGACCUGGGCGUGCGGCACCGCCUGUGGGUGUACUCGGGCCGGAGGGGUGUGCACUGCUGGGUGUGCGACGACGCGGUGAGGAAAUGGUCCCCGGCACUGCGGGCGGCUGCUGUGGAGUACCUGAGCCUGGUGAAGGUGGGUGCAAGGGGGGCCAGGAACCCCCUGCCCACCCCUGACCCUGGGGAAAAGUGGGUUUAUGGAGCUUUGGGCACUCCUGAGCCUGGAGGAGGUGGGUUUAGGGGGACAAGCACUCCCUCACCCUGAUAAAAGUGGUUUUGU